GCGUGUCGGUAUUGACACUGUUAAGGCCGACUAUGUUGUGACACCCAACUCGGUGAACAUCUCUGAUUAUGCAGAGGACGUAGCGCAAGUUACCGCGAGACAGAUGGCGAGCGCGAUACCAGCAUCGGCUUCAGUUGCUGUUCUACGAUGGGCUGCAACGUCAGAGGAGAGCACACUAUGGACAACGUUUCUGGAGCACUUUUUGCCUCUUCUUAUCGGCC